AUGUUACCUCCGUUCGCCGUUUUUGUGCUUUUGUUUCAGGUGGCAAUCGCUGUAACAGCCCCAGCCAUCCUAUUGAAUGAUGGCAACACGAUCCCAGCAGUGGCUCUGGGAACCGGUCGAGGUACAGCUAAAGAGUCAGAGUCUGUAGACGAAGUUCGUCAAGCGGUUUAUUGGGCAAUUGAAGCGGGUUAUAGACACAUAGAUACGGCAGCAAUAUAUUUUGACGAAGAGCAAGUUGGCCAGGGCAUUGCGCAGGCGAUUGCUGACAAACUCGUUAGUAGAGGAGACCUUUUCGUUACCACAAAGUUAUGGAAUGACAAACAUCGUCAAGAGCAAGUGGUGCCAGCUUUAAAGGAUUCUCUGAAGAAACUCGGCUUGGAUUACGUUGACUUAUACCUCAUUCAUUUCCCAGUCGCCACCAAAGCAGAUGGCUCCCCAGACAACGUCGAUUUCACAGAAACAUGGAAGGGUAUGGAACAGGCAAAACACCUUGGUCUCACGCGUUCAAUUGGUGUGUCCAACUUCAAUAUGUCACAAAUAGACCGACUCCUAUCGACUGCAAAAAUCUGGCCAGCAGUCAAUGAAAUUGAGGUAAACCCAACCCUUACUCAAGAGAAUUUGAUUAGCUACCUACAAAGCAAGGGUAUAGUGCCAAUGGGCUACAGUCCAUUUGGCUUUCUGGUCUCCAGAAAGAUGGAAUCCGCACCACCUCCAAGGGCCGAUGACCCAGCAUUGGUCGAAAUAGCAAAAAAGUAUGGCAAGAAGACCUCGCAGAUUGUGCUCCGAUACUUGAUCGACAGGAGCAUAAUCCCGAUUCCGAAAUCCACAAACAAAAACCGCAUUGCUCAGAACAUAGAUUUGUUCGAUUUCAGCUUAACAAAGGAUGAAAUAGCUACAAUUAGCCGUUUCAACAAAAACAUUCGCGUCAUAAACCCCGUUGAUUGGAAGGAUUAUCCUAACUAUCCCUUUGUAGAAUAUUAA